ACUCUAUCUUUCUUAAGAGGAAGAAAAGCCCUAAAUACACACACACACCAAAGUACAAACCCUCACUCUAUUAGUUUCAGCCUUCGCUCCUUAUCCUCAGUUCCUCACUACCCAUUUCAACACACCAACCUCAUUUCUCUCUCCUCCUCUCUUUGAUAAUCUGAAAAAAUGGCAUCUGCUAAUGCUAUCUCAACCACUUCCAUUCUUUCCACACCCGGAAAGGGAAACUUGAGGAAAGCGACUCCCCAACGAGCACAGAAGGUGCAAUAUAAGCAAUCAAGCAGGCGGUUCGUCGUUAGAGCGUCCGCGAAGCAAAUUGCAUUUGACCAGGAUUCCAGGGCAGCCCUUCAAGCUGGCAUUGACAAACUUGCUGAUGCUGUUGGACUUACCCUUGGACCUAGAGGGAGAAAUGUUGUUUUGGAUGACUUUGGGAACCCAAGAGUAGUUAAUGAUGGAGUUACUAUUGCUCGAGCUAUUGAGUUGGCUGAUCCGAUGGAGAAUGCUGGUGCUGCUUUGAUUAGAGAGGUUGCCAGUAAAACAAAUGACUCUGCUGGUGAUGGAACGACAACUGCCUCAGUUCUUGCUCGUGAGAUUAUCAGACAAGGUCUGCUCAGUGUUACCUCUGGUGCUAACCCAGUGUCUUUGAAAAGAGGAAUUGAUAAAACUAUUCUAGGAUUAAUUGAGGAACUUGAAAAGAGAGCCAGGCCCGUCAAUGGCCGUGAGGACAUCAAAGCUAUUGCUACCAUUUCUGCUGGAAAUGAUGAGUUGAUUGGGGCUAUGAUUGCUGAUGCUAUUGACAAAGUCGGCCCAGAUGGUGUUUUGUCCAUUGAGUCAUCAUCUUCCUUUGAGACAACUGUCGAAGUUGAAGAAGGAAUGGAGAUUGAUAGAGGGUAUAUAUCUCCACAAUUUGUUACCAAUCCUGAAAAAUCAAUUGUUGAAUUCGAAAAUGCAAGAGUGUUGGUAACGGACCAGAAGAUCUCUGCGAUAAAAGAUAUAAUUCCAUUAUUGGAGAAGACUACUCAAAUGAGAGCACCUCUGCUUAUUAUUGCCGAGGAUAUCACUGGAGAAGCACUGGCCACUCUUGUUGUAAACAAGCUGCGGGGAAUUAUUAAUGUUGCUGCCAUCAAGGCACCAGGAUUUGGGGAGAGGAGAAAGGCUAUGCUUCAAGAUAUUGCUAUCUUGACAGGUGCGGAGUUCCAGGCCAAUGAUUUGGGAUUAAAGGUUGAGAACACAUCUAUCGAACAACUUGGUUUGGCAAGGAAGGUGACAAUCACCAAGGAUAACACCACCCUCAUUGCUGAUGCGGCAUCCAAAGAUGAGCUUCAGGCUAGAAUUGCGCAGCUUAAGAAAGAAUUGUUUGCAACUGACUCUGUUUAUGAUUCUGAGAAGCUUGCUGAAAGAGUUGCGAAGCUUUCUGGAGGUGUUGCUGUUAUAAAGGUUGGUGCAGCCACAGAGACUGAGCUUGAAGACCGUAAACUGCGAAUUGAGGAUGCAAAGAAUGCAACUUUUGCUGCCAUAGAGGAAGGCAUUGUUCCUGGUGGUGGUGCAGCUCUUGUUCAUCUCUCAACUUGUGUACCUGCUAUUAAGGAGAAGCUUGAAGACCCUGAUGAACGUCUGGGUGCUGACAUUGUGCAGAAGGCACUUGUUGCACCGGCAUCUCUAAUUGCCUACAAUGCCGGGGUUGAAGGAGAGGUGGUUGUAGAGAAGGUGAUGGCAAGCGAGUGGGAGGUUGGUUACAAUGCAAUGACUGACACGUACGAGAACUUGGUGGAGUCUGGAGUAAUUGACCCAGCUAAGGUGACAAGAUGUGGUUUACAAAAUGCAGCCUCAGUUGCAGGAAUGGUAUUGACUACUCAGGCUAUUGUUGUGGAGAAGCCAAAGAGUAAAGCUGCCGCUGCUGCAGCUCAACCAGGUUUAACCAUAUAAGCUAGUGGUGUACUGUAGUAGGUUACGAAAGGUAGGACUUUAAUAAUCCAGGAAUUGUUUUGGUAGUGAAAUUGUAUCAAAGUUUUGUACUGAGAAUAAUUGAUUGAGAGAGCGUAAUUGAUCGUUGAUUUUGAA